UUGAUGAUGAACCGGAAAACCAACUUUCAUCAUACUGCUAAGCAUUUACUCAUAAAUAACCAAUCAAAUAUCAAGAUUGUCACUGACGUCACACCAAUACACAAACGACACAUCAUCAAGUAGCGAAAGCACAGCGAUGGACACGUAUAGAAAACAAUCCUGACACACAAAUGUAAAAAAGUUUACUGCAACAGCGGGUACGUUGUGUUUUUUUUCACGGAAUACGACAAAUGACCGAAAAAUGACUACGAUACAGCCGCAUACGAUUGUGAUUAGAACGGUGCAGUCUAAAGCACCAACCACCUUAACGGUGACGAGCCAACUCGAACACGACAUGUUGGAUGAUCUUUAUGGCGAUGGCGGUGGGGCCAGGAAACGUCGGCGACUCACGCACCUAUCUCAGGAAGAGAAACUUCUUCGAAGGAAACUAAAGAAUCGUGUUGCCGCACAGACAGCCAGGGAUCGUAAGAAGAACCUGAUGUCUGAAUUAGAAGAACGUGUAGCCUUGUUGGAAGAGGAGAACAGGAAGCUUGCUAUGGAGAACCAGGCCCUCAAGUCAGAGUCUGGUUCUCUGCAGCAGCUGAAUGAGAAACUACGCGGGCGACUUUGUCAGCUGGGCGGCGAGCCAGGCAAGACACAGGCUGGGGGAUCAGCAGCAUCCGUUGACCUUCAGCAGCAAGGGCAGACCCUGCCUGUGUCCUGCUCGGCAAACGCAGCGUCAGUGCUGACAUUAAGCCUGACCUUGUUAGCAUUCUUCCGAGGAAGAGCCAACCCAUCAUCCCAACCACUGUCACAGAGGCCCCGACCCUACCGAGCCAGGACCUGUGUGAAACCCUCCAAGAAGAUUCAUGUCCCUUGGUGGGGCCCUCAGCAACAGAGCUGGAAUCCUUCAAAGAACUGAUUCAGUUUGAUCAUGUUUAUUUUAAGCCUCAGCCCAAGGGCAAGUUGGACUUGAAUGGUCAAACAAGCUCUGUCGUGAAAAGUGUCAGUAAUUUUAAUAAGAACACAAGUAAUGUUUUAAAGAAUGUUAAAGUUAUCAUUACCGCAGAUGGCUGUAAUUCAGACUCCGUUCAUAGUGUUCAAUAUAUGGAUGUUGUAACAGAUGACAAUUCUUGCCUAGACCUGGAUCAACUACAGUCUGGGUCAGUUGAUAUCACUGAAAUGGACUCAGAUGCACUGAGCGACUUGAACUUUGAUCUUCUAGAAGAUCUCGAAAGUAUAUUUAAAUCUGACAUUGAGGGUUUAACUUGCCCUGACAGUAAUUGUUUAUCAUCACAGAACAAUGAAUCCAUAACAGAGAACAUUGUACAAAAAGGACAAAAAAGGAAACAAAGUGUGCAGGAAAUUGAGGCAAUAGUUGAUACUCUGAAAUCUGUAGCAGUACCAUCUUCGCCAGUAUUCACCGAUGGUUGGGACUCAGACUAUGUCAGUGCAGGAAUCCCAUCCCCCUGCAGUGUGGGAUCACCUUGCAGUGGGGUAGAGUCAUUGUCAUCGGACGGAGAAACCUCCCCACUGCAUGACACUAUGUGGGAGGAAUCAUUCACAGACUUUGAACUCUUCCCGGAUUUGCUGUAGUUAGGUGCGACUGCACAGCCAAAAUAUGUAACUUAUAGUCAUUGAAUUCUCUCCACAUGUAGCAGAUGUUCAGAGAGUUAACUGUUGUUAAAUUAUUUAUUUUUAUUGUAAGUCUUGUUAUUCUUCACUGUUAGGGUGGGGCAUGUUUUCUGUGAUGUAAAUAAAUUUCAUGGACUGAUGCUUAAAAUAA